GUACUGAAUUUAAGCUGAAAAGUUGGAUGGUCUGGACCACCCACGUCUAUAUAGGCCCUCCAUAGAAACUUGCACUCACCACGCCGGAUCCUACACAAAAUUUGAGGUUCUGUUUGUGAGAAGUAUCAUAAUGAAUCAAGCUAAUCAUACUUCAAAAAGAGCGAAACUCAUGACAUACUUCAUUUAAGAGAAUACGGUCCAUGGAUGUCGUUAAGAAGAGCAUGGGUCUGUCUCUAUAACAUUUCUUUAUUCUUUUUUGCGAUAUAGGUAACUGAACCUUUGGGCUCGAGUUAUUCUCAUGAACUAAAUUGUCCCUUUAUGUGCAUCAAAGAAGAUUGCCUUUACAAGAUGAUGGGACGUGACUCCUGAAAUUAAUCCUGAUGAAAGACCAUUUAAGAAACGAUUCUUAUUUACGCAAAGCUUCGAUUUAAUUAAAUUUGAUCUUUCGAGGACAAUUUCAUUAUUUUUUUCGAUGAAAAUGGGUUCAAUUUAGUCGGACAUCAACAAAUAUCCGGUAAAGGACGAUUUUAUCUAAUCACCUCCAAUGGUAAAUUUCUCAUUUUUUUUCUGUUAAAUAUUUGAUUGGAACAAAGAGCUAUCCGUGGCGAUUGGAGGCUGGCUGGAGCCUCUUUUUCUGUACUGCUAGUCUACUACUGCUACUAUCUGUCCAUCAUCUCUUUCAAGUGGAUCAUACCGAGAAGCAGCGACCGACAGCAACCCCAGAGAAGAGAAUGGCGAUGGCUCCGGACUACGGCGCUUUCGUGAGCAAGUUCGUCCUCAAGCUUCCCUCUCCGUCUCCCUCGCUUCCCUUGGCCGGCCUCACCUUCGCCGUCAAGGACAUUAUCGAUGUUGAAGGACAUGUGACUGGUUUUGGAAAUCCUGAUUGGGCGAGGACUCACGUGCCUGCACCUUCCACAGCUCCAGCUGUUUUGAAUGUGUUGAAAGCGGGUGCUACUUGUGUUGGAAAAACUGUAAUGGAUGAAAUGGCAUACAGCAUAGAUGGCGUAAAUAAAUAUUACGGCACACCAAGGAACCCAUGUGCACCCGAUCGCGUGCCUGGAGGAUCCUCCAGUGGAUCUGCUGUUGCAGUAGGAGCAAAGCUUGUCGAUUUCUCCCUAGGAAGUGACACUGGAGGAAGUGUAAGAGUUCCCGCAUCUUAUUGUGGGAUCCUUGGAUUUCGGCCGUCACAUAAUGCCGUAAGCACUGUUGGAGUCAUUCCAAUGGCACAAAGUUUGGAUACAGUAGGUUGGUUUGCUAGGGAACCGAGCAUCUUGAAGCAGGUUGGUCGUGUUCUUCUCGAGUUGCCUGAUGCAGAUCCAAACAGACCUAGUCAGAUCAUUGUUCCAAGAGAUUGUUUCCAGCUUUCAAACAUUCCAAGUGAGCGACUGACUCAAGCUCUUGUAAGAUCAGUGGAGAAAUUAUUUGGAGGUGGUAUAAUUAAGCACACCGUCCUUGGGGACUACGUCAGAGACAACGUUCCGGCCUUGAGUUCAUUCCUACGUGAAAUAAAUGAGGAUGAAGCAGACAUCAUACCAUCUUUAGAAGCUCUUUCUAGUGCAAGGCAGUUGCUUCAGAGGUAUGAGUUCAAGAAUAGCCAUAAGGAAUGGAUCUCUGCUGUCAAUCCCGAUUUGGGCCCGGGAAUAUCAGAUCAUGUCAGGGACGCCCUCCAGACAACUGAAGAAAAUAUUGAUGUCUAUUGGUCAGUGAAGAAAGAAUUCCAUGCUGCUCUUACUUCCCUACUCGGGGAUUUCGGUAUCCUUGCAAUCCCCACCGUUCCUGGGCCACCGCCAAAGCUACAAACGGAUGUAUCCUCUCUGGAAGUUUUUGGUGCUAAGGCAAUGCGUUUGCUUUCCAUUGCUGGUGUAUCGGGAUUCUGUCAGGUAAGCAUUCCGAUGGGGCUGCAUGAUAAUUUGCCUAUCUCGAUAUCCUUGCUGGCAAAAUGCGGUGCUGAUGGGUUCCUGCUAGACCUCGUUGAGACAAUGUACAAGUCCCUCAAGGAACAAGCUGAAAUUGCGGAGAAAUCAGUUUGACGUAUGCAUGUCUCAUCAUCUUCCUGAGAUGCUUCAAGAUAUUCUAUUGUACAGGCGAUAUCCUACUGUUCUUGCUCUAUUGCGCCCCCUUGUGCUGCGUGCCGUUGAAUGUAGUGCGGACUCUGUUAUUUUCGUAAGGCUGUUGCUGAGAAAAUAAAUUUCUGUAUAUCUUACAAGCCCACUUGUUUAUAUUCUGUAAGGAUAUAUGGGUGCUCAUUGUGACA